GCACAAGGUGUUGAAUCUGAAAGGAGAGGAGAGCAUGAGUGAGACAGGCGCGGAGCAGUAGGGAACGCCCCGGGACCCAGAGCAGAGCCAGGGUGCCACUGGAAACCUUCGACCUCUUCACUGGCAUGCGAGGAACAGCCGCCGCCGCCGCCGUAGCAGCAGCAGCAGCAGCAGCUACUACCACUGCCACUGCCACUGCCACUGCCACUGUCUUCUGUGUCCCUGAUCUCUUGUGAUCAGAGCUCCUGGCUUCCCUCUCAUUUUAUAGAUUUUCAUCCUCCCCCCAACACCAAACGGAAUGUUAAUGCAAAGCGAAGGUGUAAAAGGUGGGAAAAAAGGAUUUCCCUGGGCUAACAAGAUUCGCUCCAUCAGGAAGAGGUGGACUAUCUGCACGAUAAGUAUCCUCCUGAUCGUUUAUAAGACAAAAGAAAUAGCAAGAACUGAGGAGCAUCAGGAAACGCAACUCAUAGGAGAUGGUGAACUGUGUUCCAAUAGACCACUGGUCAAUAACUCUGACAACAUCAUUCGAAAAGGUGGAACAACAAUCUUUCAGCACUCUACUGUAGAAGGUUGGAAAAUCAAUUCCUCUUUGGUCUUGGAGAUAAGGAAAAACAUACUUCGCUUCCUGGAUGCAGAAAGAGACAUUUCUGUGGUCAAGAGCAGUUUAAAGCCUGGAGAUGUGUUGCACUAUGUAUUAGACAGGCGCCGUACUCUAAAUGUUUCUCAGGAAUUGCAUAGCCUCCUUCCUGAAGUUUCACCGAUGAAAAACCGUCGAUUUAAGACAUGUGCAGUGGUUGGCAAUUCUGGGAUUCUGCUGAACAGUGGAUGUGGAAAGGAGAUUGACAGUCACGAAUUUGUGAUAAGGUGCAAUCUAGCUCCUGUGGUGGAGUUUGCUGCAGAUGUGGGAACUAAAUCUGAUUUUAUUACCAUGAAUCCAUCAGUUGUACAAAGAGCAUUUGGAGGCUUUCGGAAUGAGAGUGACAGAGAAAAAUUUGUGCAUAGAGUAACUAUGCUGAAUGACAGUGUCCUUUGGAUCCCUGCUUUCAUGGUCAAAGGAGGAGAGAAGCAUGUGGAGUGGGUUAAUGCAUUAAUCCUUAAGAAUAAAUUGAAAGUGCGAACUGCCUAUCCAUCACUGAGACUUAUUCAUGCUGUCAGAGGUUACUGGCUGACAAACAAAGUUCCCAUCAAAAGACCCAGCACUGGCCUCCUCAUGUACACGCUUGCUACACGAUUUUGUGAUGAGAUUCACCUCUAUGGAUUCUGGCCGUUCCCUAAGGAUUUAAAUGGGAAAGAAGUCAAAUAUCAUUACUAUGAUAACUUGAAAUACAGAUACUUUUCCAAUGCAGGUCCUCACAGGAUGCCAUUGGAAUUUAGGACUUUAGAUGGGCUGCAUAACAGGAGAGCACUAAAAUUAACCACAGGAAAAUGCAUAAAGCAAUAAAGCACAUUUUUAAAAGACAAAUCAAACUGAAUAUGCACUUCAUUCUGAAGAUGUUUGUAUGGGAAUAAGAUGCAAAACAGAAGAUAGAUUUCAGUAUCCACUAAGCUUCUUGGGGAGUGAGGGGGGAAGGGUUAUGAGACAUCCAUUACCAGCUGAUGAAAUGCCUAUGAAGUGCUCUAAAAAUUGUAUGUUUUGACUGCAAGGGUCCUAGUAAGUGCCACUUCUACUCAGAACACAGCUUGAAUGUAUAAUCAGCAGUGUUUACAAGAUCCAACAAUGCAUUCACAUUUAAUUAAAGAAGAAACAAAUGUGUUCAUUACUGCUGGACUGCCCCCAUGACAUCAAGCACAUUUGAGGAAAAGCUAAGGAAGAAACUCUGCCUUUGGGGAAAUCAGAACCUUCCUUGUCAUCAGAAACUGUGAUGGAGACAGUUAAGCAGGGCAACCCAUAAGAUCAAACAACUCAAGUAAAUGCCUUCAGUCAGGAGUCUGUGUCUAAUCAUGUAUUAUAAACUAACAUAUUUGUUUUCAUUGUUCUUUUCUUCUGGCAUCUAUUUGCUUUGGUAUAUUACAGAUCUUGAAAGAUCCUAAACAGGAUGAUAUGUACAGGGGAAAAAAACUAAUAAUUGCAAAAAUUGUUUCUUAAUUUGUUAUUUUUAGAGAAGAUCUUACAAAUGCUCAAAAUAUUUAAUAAUGAACAACUGAAAACCUCUAAAUUAUUUUUGGAUGAUGAAAAGGUACCAGCUAAAUUAUCCAAACAGUAAUCUUGAGCCAUUCUAAACAGUAGAUUUCAAUGUUCUAUGCCAUCUGGGAAGGUAAUAAUUAACAAGGAGGUAUCCUUAUGUUUGGUACCAAAGAAUAUACUGAUUUUUCUAUAGAAGUAACAUUUCUCUUGAAGUGAUUAAUUUAAGUACUAUGUUGUUAUAUGAUUGAUUUGAAAAUACUAUUUGAAGAUUUUUAAUUACACAAGUUAAUACUUUAUAUUUUGUUUUAAUGAUGACCUGAAAAUUCCUUAUAUUUCCUAACACAUUCUUGAGCAACAUUUUGCUCUUAUAAAAGGAAUGUUUGUUAAAUGUCAUGAACAAAAACUUGGGCUCAAGUGGUUUAAGGAUUCCCUUCCUUAAAUGGGGAUAUUGACAUUGUUUAAUUUCCUCUGUAAUACAAAAAUAGUAUGAUUUAGAGUGUGUUGAUAUCCUCGAAGUGGUAGAUAAUUUUAAAGUGAAUUGACAAAGAAUUUCUAUAUCAAUAUUUUGCAAUUCAAAGGAAACAAAUAACCUAGAACAUGUAGUAGUUAAAUUCAGUCAUGAUUUCAUUUUAGGAAAUAAGAAGUGAGAGAAGAAUAUGAAAUGAGAAAAUAAAUAAAGUACAUUUUUAUUUAAAUAACUAAUAGAAUUGGGCAGUUUGCCAGUCAUCUGUUAGUUUAAACCAUGCUAUUAAGUAAUUUGGGAAUUCUGUUGCUUUUUUGGAAAUAAAAUAGGAAAAGUUCUUUAUUCCCUGUUCUACUCUGCUUUACAACAUGAAAAAUAUGCUUUGUCUUUUAGUCUCCUAAAGGAGGCAGACUGAGAUGAGGUAAAAUGGCAAGAAUUUGUAUGUGUAUGUAUAUACACACAUGUACACACAUAUACAUAUUUUAUAUAUAUACACAUAUAAGUGUAUAUAGUAUAUACACACUGUAGUAUACCUUAUGUAUAUGUCUUUGUUUACAUACAAAUGUGUAUAUGUGUGUAGAUGUGUGUGGGCACAUGCAUGUGUAUAUAUUUACAUAUACACUCAUGCAUAUGUCUCCCCACGCCAUGAAGAAGGUAUAUAUACAAAAACAUAAUAAAUACUUAAUAAAUGUUUAUUGAAUACAAAGAGAGAAAGAAUAAAUUAUUUUGAAAGUUCUAUCUGGAAAAAGCCAGUCAAACUUCAAAUAUUACAUAUAUGUAUGUAUAUUUGUGUGUAUAUGUGUAUGUGACUCAGAUAUUUUGUUUCAUUUCUGAUAGAUGAGUAGGUAUUCCCUUCACUUGUAUAAGAGCAAAAAACAUUUAUUAAGUACCCAUUGCAUGUAGAGGACUGUGUAUAUGGCAACUCCUCCACACUUUAUUUAUAUUAUAUGAUUUUUGUCCAUAUUUCUUCAUACAUCUUCCAUAGAGGACCUGCCCAACAAGCUUCCUCUUUUUCUUUUAAUAUUUAGUAGUUACAAGUCGCCCACACUGGCUGAACAGCUGUUGUCCCUCAACUUAAUACUUGACUAGUCUGCCUCCUUUUUAAAUCAUAUAUGUUUUGAUGAUAUGUACAUAAAAUAAGUGUGUUGUCAACUUUUUUUCUCCAACCAGACCUGCAUUUUCGUUGGUUUAGGAAGCUCUGUGAAGAACUUCCUCUGUCAAUGAAGAUAAUCACUUUCUCUUCAACUUAAAGUCUUAAAGAGUUUCCUGGGCCACUGAAAUAUUAAAUGUCUUGCCUAGAGCCACACAGCCAGUAUUUGCCAGAGCUGGGAUUUUAAUUCAGAACUUCAUUAUUUUAGGACCAGCCCUCUAUCCAGUAUACCACAUUGCCUUUCUCUCUCUGUCUUUCUCUCUCCCCCCCAUCU